AUGAAUCUUAACUUCACCUCCCCUCUGCACCCAGCGUCUUCUCAGAGGCCCACAUCCUUCUUCAUUGAGGACAUCCUGCUGCACAAACCCAAACCGCUGAGGGAGGUAGCCCCCGACCAUUUCGCCAGCUCACUGGCCUCGAGGGUGCCUUUGCUAGACUACGGCUACCCCCUCAUGCCCACACCCACCCUCCUGACUCCUCACCCCCAUCACCCUCUGCACAAGGGGGACCACCAUCACCCAUAUUUCCUCACCACCUCAGGGCUCCCGGUGCCCGCGCUGUUCCCGCACCCGCCGCACGCCGAGCUGCCCGGGAAGCACUGUCGCCGCCGCAAGGCUCGCACGGUCUUCUCCGACUCGCAGCUCUCGGGUCUGGAGAAGAGGUUCGAGAUCCAGCGCUACCUCUCCACGCCGGAGCGGGUGGAACUGGCCACGGCUCUCAGCCUGUCGGAGACUCAGGUGAAAACGUGGUUCCAGAACCGGAGGAUGAAGCACAAGAAGCAGUUGAGGAAAAGCCAGGACGAGCCUAAAGCUCCGGACGGACCCGAGAGCCCCGAGGCCGCCCCCGCCGACGCUCGGCCCGGCCUGGCCGGCGGCCCCUUCGCGCUCACCGAGCCCGAGGACGAGGUGGACAUCGGGGACGAGGGGGAGCUGGGCUCGGAGCCGCACGUGCUCUGA